CAUAUUCCACCGCAGCAUUGCUGGCCAUUGUAUUUGCCAUACCCUUUGGUAUGCGUAUGUUGGUACACAAGGAUCGUGGACGUUGGGAAGAAUUUGGGCCAGCAUUCUACACAGCACAUCUGGAACUCUUUUUGGGCAACGGUUGUUUAGGUGUGGGCGUAAUGAUGCUACUGGUGCUAACAAUCGAACGUUACGUUUCGGUGUGCCAUCCGGGGUUUUCACGGCCCGUUAUGGGACCACCAGGUAUUGUUGUAUUCCUAACCACUUUGGUAACAUUCAUCAUUUACACGCCAAGCGUGUUUCGAGGUGUGCUCGUCAAAUGUAUAUUACAAACAGAUGGCAACUAUGUUUACUUCCGACGUGAUAACAAUGAAUUCCUAAAGACCCUAUUUUAUUCGGUAUAUAAAGUAAUGCUUGAAGUGAUAUUCAAACUAAUACCAACUGUGCUAAUUGCCGGCUUGAAUAUGCGUAUUAUGUUGGUUUAUCGAAAGACUUGUCAACGUAGGCGUGAAAUGCUUAUAUCGCGCUCUCACUGCAUGCGAGAUGAGGAUCCAAGAAAAUUCGCCGAGGAACGACGACUAUUCUUGUUGCUAGGCAGCACAUCGAUUUUGUUCCUUGUUUGUGUUUCUCCUAUGGCUAUUGUACAUAUGACUAUUGCCUCUGAAGUGCUGCCGAGCUUUUCUUUUCAGGUCUUUCGCGCGCUAGCUAAUUUGAUGGAGCUCGCCAAUUACUCCAUAACUUUUUACAUUUAUUGCCUUUUUAGUGAAGAUUUCCGAAAUACACUUAUACGAACCAUUAAAUGGCCCUGGGUGAGAACGAAAUUAUGUCAUCAUGUCGAUGAGAUAUCCAACGCAAGAGCAACACCGUUAAUAAAUUUUGACAAAAUAGCUCUGCGUAACCAUCAUAUAACGACAACGUCUGGAGUUUGUACCGGUAUGGGACGUUCGAGUAGCAUUUGA